AUGGUUAAGUCAUAUACUCGUUAUGAACUUGCAAAUACAUUGGGAGUAAUUGCUUCCCAUUCAAAUUCGAUAUAUAUUGCUCCAAAUUUAGAAAUCAAUAAGAAAUCAGCUGGUAAAGUUAUCACUGCCGGUUUAGAAGAGAUUCUUGUAUGGAAUAUUAAAGCUGGGGAAUUGCUAGAAAGGCUUCGUGAUGGAGUUGUGCCUGGUGCUCUAAAUUCAGCCACACAGUCACCUCCAGCUCAAGUAAACAGUCUGGCAUAUGAACCUGUGUCAAAUGUACUAGCGGCGGGAUACUCUGAUGGAUCUAUUAAGAUAUGGGAUUUAACAUCAAGAUCCGUGAUUAUAAAUUUUGAAGGUCAUCGUUCUGCAGUGACUGUUUUGAAGUUUGACAGAUCCGGAGCAAGACUUAUUAGCGGUUCAAGGGAUACUACGAUCAUUCUUUGGGAUUUGGUGGGUGAAACUGGUUUAUUCAAACUUAAAGGUCACAGAGAUCUGAUAACGGGCAUCGAGUUUUUGAGUGAUGUUGAUAAGACAGGAACUGACGAUUUAGAUGACUGGUUGCUAACUACAGCUAAGGAUGGACUCAUUAAGCUUUGGGAUCUAAAGUCACAGCAGUGUAUUGAGACUCAUAUGGCACAUAGUGGCGAAUGCUGGUCUCUAGCUUUAAAUACUACAAAGGAAAUGUGUAUCACAUGUGGUAUGGAAAAUCAGGUCAAGAUUUGGAAGAUUGAUUUGUCCCAGGAUAAUACCAAGAUUAUCGAGCAAGGCGUGUUCGAGAAACAGAGCAAGCGUCGAGGAACGAAACUUGGAUUCAAGAUGACGACUCAGGGCGAGUUUUUCUACAUAAGCAAUGCCGAUAAAAUGCUUGAGUUGUUUAGAUUGAGGGAUGAAAAAGAAAUAGCAAAGGGUACCACCAGGAGAACAAAGAGAUUGAAAGAAAAAGGAGUGACAGACGAGGAAAUUAAAAGUUCUCUUGAGCAAUCUAAGAUUCAAAUGUUGGUGGCUCCAUUUACUACGUUGUACAUGGAUAGGGCUAAGAUAAGAGAUGUUGCUUGGGGUUUAACUAACAACCGCAAACUCGAUGUUGUGGUCACCUUAACAAACAAUACUAUUGAGUAUUACAAUGUUGCCGUUCCUGAAUCGGUGAGAAAACAUAAAGUUGGUGAUCAUGUGUCCCAGCUUAAGUAUUCCUUGGAUCAAUUGGGUCACAGGCAUGACAUCAGAGCUGUGGAUAUCUCUGACGAUGAUACAUUACUGGUAACAGGAUCAAAUAAUCAGUUGAAAGUUUGGAAUACAAAACGUAGUACAUGUAUUCGAACCUUUGAUAAGGUCGGAUACGUGAUCUCAGCAAAAUUUCUUCCAGGAGGAGCGUUAGUUGUAAUUGGAACAAAGGAGGGUCAUUUGCAACUACUUGACCUUGCAUCUUCUACUGUCGUGGAUUCAAUUGAUGAUGCACAUAACGGCAAAGCUAUCUGGUCGAUCGACUUGACUCCGGAUGGAAAGACAAUUGUGACCGGAUCCACCGAUAAAACAGUGAAGUUUUGGGAAAUCAAGGUGGAUCAAGAGCUAAUUCCAGGAACUACAGACAAGUUUAUUAAACUUCUUCAUUUGAAACAUACACGUACUUUAGAGCUUACAGACGAUGUACUUUGUGUUCGGAUUUCACCGGAUUGCAAGUAUCUUGCAGUGUCUUUGAUGGAUAAUACUGUGAAAGUGUUUUUCUAUGAUACUCUAAAGUUCUUCUUGAGUUUGUAUGGUCAUAAACUACCUGUUUUAUCGAUUGAUAUCUCUUUUGAUUCAAAAACGAUUAUCACUUCCUCUGCUGAUAAGAACAUUCGUAUCUGGGGUCUUGAUUUUGGUGACUGCCAUAGAUCUAUCUUUGGUCAUCAAGAUUCCAUUAUGGCUGUUCGUUUCUUCCCCGAAUCCAAAGAUUUUGUCAGUUGUUCAAAGGAUGGCAUGGUGAAAUGCUGGGACGGUGUUAAGUUUGAGAACAUACAAAAAUUAGCUGCACAUCAGUCGGAAGUUUUAAAUUUGGCAGUUAGCCAUAGUGGAGAGUUCUUUGUGACCGUGUCUCAUGAUACCAGUAUAAGAAUAUGGAAGCAGACGGAUGACCAAGUGUUCAUAGAGGAAGAGAGAGAAAGGGAAAUGGAUGAAACUUAUGAGAACGAUUUGUUAAACUCUCUUGAAGGUAGCAAUGGUGACGAAAUUGGCAAGAAGAAUGUGGACGAUGAAGAGGCUAGCGAUGAAGAUAAUGUUGAACGAGUUACAAAGCAUACCAUGGAGAAUUUGAAAGCAGGAGAAAAGCUAAUGGAGGUUCUUGAUUUUGGUUGGAAAGAAGUUGAAGCCAGGAGAGAAUAUGAAGCCCAGAAAAGGAUGUUUAAACAGGGCAAAUUGAGCAGUAAGCCGAUUAUGCCACAGAGCAAUCCAUUACUGUUAGCGUUGAAAGUGACGCCGGAACAGUAUGUGUUGGAAACUUUGAGUAAGAUUCGUUCGGCUCAACUAGAGGAUGCACUUCUUGUGCUUCCUUUUUCUUACACGGUGAAAUUACUAAGGUUUAUUAGAAUAUGGACUAAUCCAGAGGUUCGUGCCAAAAAUGGAGCUCAGAUUCCAAGAAUUUGCAAAGCUCUUUUCUUUGCCGUAAGAACAAAUAACAUGGAACUAAUAAGUCAAAAGGAUCCAGAGAUUAGAAUGGAGGUUAUAGAAUUGAAGGACCAAUUGAGACAUAUUUUGAAAGACAGAUGCGACGACUUGGGAUUUAGUAUUGCCGGUCUAAAGUACAUGCAGGAUCAAUGGAAACAAAAUCAUAGCCAUGUAUUCGAGGAUCCAGAAACUAAUAACGAGAAGUCGAGAAAGAGGGUUUAUACUACUUUAGCAUAA